UGCGGCGCGGCGCUCAGGCGCGGCGCGGGGCAGCCCGCGCGGCGCAGGCCCCGGGUCCUGCGCGUGGCGGCGCGGCCCGGCCCGGCCCGAGAUGGCGGCCAAGAACUUCCGCGUCAGCGACGGCGACUGGAUCUGCCCCGACAAGAAGUGCGGCAACGUGAACUUCGCCAGGAGGACGAGCUGCAACAGAUGCGGCAGAGAGAAGACGACGGAGGCCAAGAUGAUGAAGGCUGGGGGCACGGAGAUCGGGAAGACGCUGGCGGAGAAGAGCCGGGGGCUGUUCAGCGCCAACGACUGGCAGUGCAAAACCUGCGGGAACGUGAACUGGGCGCGGCGCUCGGAGUGCAACAUGUGCAACACCCCCAAGUACGCCAAGCUGGAGGAGAGGACGGGCUACGGAGGAGGCUUCAAUGAACGGGAGAACGUGGAAUACAUAGAGCGGGAGGAGUCCGACGGGGAGUACGAUGAGUUUGGGCGCAAAAAGAAAAAGUACCGGGGGAAGCCGGUGGGUCCUGCCUCCAUCCUGAAGGAAGUGGAAGAUAAGGAAUCUGAGGGGGAGGAUGAGGAGGAUGAGGAUGAAGAUCUCUCCAAGUAUAAAUUGGAUGAGGAUGAGGAUGAAGAUGAUGCUGACCUGUCCAAGUACAACCUGGAUGCCAGCGAGGAGGAGGACACCAACAAGAAGAAGAAGCCGCCGAGGCGCAGCCGCUCCAAGUCCCGCUCCUCCCGCUCGUCCUCGCGCUCAUCCUCUCACUCGAGCUCGAGGUCUAGGUCCAGGUCCCAUUCCAGGAGUUCUUCCAGCUCCAGAUCGAGAUCCCGCUCCAGCUCCAGGGAACAGUCGCGGUCCCGUGGGUCCAAAUCCAGAUCCAGCUCCAGGUCCUACAGGGGGUCUUCCACCCCAAGGAAAAGAUCUUGCUCCAGCUCUCGCUCCUCAUCUUCCCCGGAGAGAGGCAAGAAGCGAAGCCGCUCUAGAUCCUCUUCCUCUGGUGAUCGCAAAAAAAGGCGCUCGAGAUCACGGUCACCCGAAAGACGCCGCAGAUCUUCCUCCGGAUCCUCCCAUUCUGGUUCCCGUACGAGUUCUAAAAAGAAAUAAUGUGUAAAAGCUCACACUUACAAAAACCCACCAAAAUUCCAGUCAGUGCAUGAGACAUUUUUAAGAAGUUGGUGUCUUACUUGGUCAGAAGUGCUCAAUCUGCUAGUAGAGGUGCAUGUCUGUCCUGGCUUUCUGGCAAACUGCAGCUUUGUUCAUCCAUCACCCAAACCCGCAGUAGCAUUUUAAGCCAUAAACUCCCCGGCACAGGGGGAAGUUCUGUGGUGUGGAGGGGGGGUUAUUAUUUUCCCAGAUCAGUUCCCCCACUCCUGGCUCCCUCAGCUGGAGGAGCAGGUUGGGAAUGUCCUGGCACGUGAGUUUUCCAGAGCAGGAUGGGACCACAGCAGGGCAGGGCUGGGGGCACCCAGGGCCAGCAGUGGGGCCGUGGGCUGAGCAGUGUUUGUUUUGCCACGUAGCAGUGCCAGAGCAGAUGGACACCCCUCUCUAGCAGCUCAAAGCCCCAGCCCAUCAUGAUUGCAGAGGGAAUUACCUUCGUUCCUGGCGAGGGAGGACAGUGCUGUGGCUGUGGUGCUUCCCAGAGCCCGGACUCCGGGUCCCUCCUGCCACACGCAGCAGGUGGGAUCUGCUUGGGCCGGAGCAGUGUGGAGCUGCUCCUUGGAAUCAAGGCAAGCUUCCGCAGGCCGCCUGUAAAAUUUCCUUUGGGGCUGACUAAAAUUUGCAAGGUAUCUUAAUUUUAUUUUUCUUUAAAAAUGAGAAUGAAUAAACUGUGUAGAAGGUCCUGGCAUCUUCAACGUCUUCUUCAUCGAGCAUUCUUUUUCCCCUCAACAUAAUUUAUGGCUUAAAAUGCUUUAUGGAAUCCAUUUGAAUAUAAAACUUGGUCUCUCAUGAGCUCCGUUUGGUUAAGAAAGGUUUAAGUUUCUUCAGUGCCAUCACAAGGUAAGUAUGGUAAGGAAAACUCUUCUUUUUAAGCAAGCAAAGAGCAAUAUACCUUCAUUUAUUUCAGUAAUAAAACUGCCAGAUUUGCUGCUUGUUUUGAUAAACUGCACGGAAACAAACGGAGCAAAAUUGAAAAACUCCAUUUGGCUUUUUUUCUCUUUUUUUUUUUCUUUUUUUUUUUUGAGCCAUGUCUUACGGACUGGUCUAGAAGCAAAAUGUUUUUGGUGUAGAGGUAUUUUGAUAAAUCUCUUUGCAGAAAAAAUGCAGUUUCUUCUUUAAUGCUUUCUUUUCUCUCUAAUUUCCAUGCUAAAUGUGUGUAGGUUGCACAAGAGCAGGUUAGUCUGUAACUGUGCCUCUGACUUCAACUAAACUGUAAAACCAGAUCAAGUAGACGCUCUGUUGUUAGCCUUGGGUUUUCUUGUGCUUUGUAUUCCAAUUGUUGCUGUACUUAACAGAUGGGAGGUUUUAAAUUUAGCAACUGAUAGGCCACAGGCAGAGGAGGAGGAGGAUGGUCCAUUUGGCUUAGAGAACGUGUAAGGCAAAAUGAUGCUGUAGACAAGUGUAAAUAAAACCUGUCAGUCAGC